GUCUUCCAGACUUCCCCAUUUUAACUUGAAAUUUGGCAAAUUUCACUACUCUGAUUUCUGUCUACUCUCCAUUAGUGAGCUGCGAGUAUACCCAUUUGGGCAUACGACAAUUGUAAGAUUUGCGAAACCAUUGCAGAAUAAGAUUCAAUGGAAGACGUCCAACUGUAUGAAAAGAUUUGGCUGAAACGCAGGUUUCAGAGAGUUAUGGAUAGCUUCAUCUUCCUUCUCCUUCUCUUGCUUCUUGCUCACAGGCUUAUCGCCUUCUCCACCUACUUCACUCCCCCUUGCUUUCUCGCCUUCCUAUGCGAAUCAUGGUUCACCUUCACCUGGUUUAUUAUCCUGAGCACCAAAUGGACUCCUGCACGCGUCAAUACGUUCCUCCACUCCCUCUCUCAACGCGUACCCAGGGAGGAUCUGCCGGCGGUGGACCUGUUGGCUACAACGGCGGACCCAGUGCUGGAGCCACCCAUCAUCACGGCGAACACAGUGUUGUCUCUGUUGGCACUUGAUUACCCAUCUCACAAGCUAGCUUGUUACGUUUCCGAUGAUGGGUGUUCCCCUGUUACAUUCUUUGCACUUGCCGAAGCCGCCCGAUUUGCUAAGCUGUGGGUACCUUUCUGUAAGAAAUACAAUGUCCAACUCAGGGCUCCUCUUAAGUUCUUUUCUGAUGAGCCCACUGGUGCCAAUAGCCAGCAACACUCUCCAGAAUUCACACAAGAUUUUUUACAAAUGAAGAAAGAGUAUGAAAAACUAAGCCGUAAAAUUGAAGAUGUGAGCAGGAAACCAGAGCAGAUUAAGUUUGAGGGAGAGUAUGCAGCUUUCAUGAACGCAGAGCGGAGAAAUCACGGAGCCAUAAUUAAAGUUAUAUGGGAGAGAAGGGAAGGCCAAUCUGAUGGAUUGCCCAGCUUAAUCUACGUAUCAAGAGAGAAGAGACCACAGCAUCCUCAUCAUCACAAAGCUGGUGCCUUGAAUGUUUUGACGAGAGUGUCAGGGUUGAUAAGCAAUGCUCCCUACAUGCUGAACGUAGACUGUGACAUGAUGGUGAACAAUCCACAGAUUGUUCAGCACGCCAUGUGCAUAUUCUUGGAUCCCAAGGGCCACAAAGAAGUCGCAUUUGUCCAAUGUUUUCAGCAAUUUGAUGAUGGCUUAAAAGAUGAUCCUUUUGGAAACCAGUGGGCUGCCGCUUCUUCGUACAUAUUAGUUGGAUAUGCAGGCCUUCAGGGACCCUUUUACUGCGGAAGCGGAUGCUUCCAUAGAAGAAAAGUUAUUUACGGGCGUUACCCUGAUCACACUCCGCAUGAAAAUCAAGAGGAAUUGUCAGACGAGGAACUGGAACCAAAAUUUGGAACUUCGACUGAAUUUAUUAAACUAGCAGCUCAAGCCUGGAAAGACAAGACACAUUUUAGUAGCAGUAAUAUUAUUUCUCCUUCUACGUGCUUGGAGGCUGCUAUUUAUGUUUCUAGUUGUGAAUAUGAAUAUGGCGCAGCCUGGGGGGAACAGGUUGGAUGGCUAUAUGGAUCAGUGGCCGAGGAUCAACAACUUGGAUUGAGCAUUCAUAGUAGAGGUUGGAGGUCAGAGUGUUGCACGCCCGACCCAAUUGCUUUCAUAGGCCGGGCCCCUGGAGGUUUUACAUCCGCAAUGAUCCAACAAAAGAGAUGGGCUUCUGGCCUGCUUAGAGUCUUGUUGGGUCCCCAAAGCCCCUAUUUGGGCUUCCUCUUCGGUGAGCUGCAUUUCAGACAGUGUCUGGCCUAUCUAUGGCUCAUCCACUGGGGCUUAUAUGCCUUCCCUGAAACAACCUAUGCUGCUUUGCCUGCAUAUUGCCUGAUAACCAACUCCACUUUCUUACCCAAGGAACCUUGGCUAUGGAUUUUUGUGUCAGUUUUCGUGAUAUACAACAUCUACAGUCUAAUAGAAUACUUGGCAAUCGGGUUAUCAGUCCGAGCAUGGUGGAACAAUCAGAGAAUGAGAAGAAUAAUGGCCUUGGGUCCUUGGUUUGUGGGUUCUCUAAGUGCUAUAGUUGAGAUGUUGAGGGCUUCUGAAACAGUGUUUGAUAUAACACAGAAGGAGGCACCAGCUUGUUCUGGUUCUGAUACAAACGCUGGAAGAUUCAUCUUUGACGAGUCUGCAAUGUUUGUUCCAGGAACCACUAUGUUAGUGGUUCAACUCAGUGGUCUGGUGAUGAAAUUAUGGAGGCUGGGUCCAGCAGCAGAGAAGAGCGGGAGCGGGGGUGGGAGUGGGAGUGGGGUUGGGGAGGCGUUAUGCAGUGUGUACUUGGUGGUUUGCUUGUGGCCUUUCUUGAAAGGGCUGUUUGGGAGGGCACAAUAUGGGAUUCCCAUGUCGACGAUUUUCAAGUCAGCAGUUCUGGCUUUUCUCUUCGUGCACUGUUCUAGAACUAGCAUUGCCACCAUCACUUGAUGUCCUGCUCCAUUAACGUUCUCUUCUAUCCUGCUUCCUCAUUGCAUAUCAAGUGUUUUGAAAUCACUAUACCCGAACGUGUCCCGGGGGGAUGGGGAGACAAUUCUUAAUGUAUUAUAAAUAACUCGGGAAAAUUCAUGCAA